AAAAUCAUAUCUGCAUUUGAAACCGCUCACAUAGAGCAGCUUUCAGUCAAGUCAUUCACCGCCGCCGCGUCUACUCUGCCCUCACCGCGUCGUCCUCUGGUUGUACCUCGCCGCAGUGCCGAAACUACGGAUAUAUUUCUUCAUUCUUUAACUUGUGUCGCUUAAGUGUAUCUAUGAUUAACGUUGAUGUCGUUAACAUGCUUACUCCGAAAACGAGUUCACUCUCCACAACUACGCUUCUUCAAAUUCUAUUCUCCCUCUUCUUCCGCAUUGAUGUUAGAAGACGAAACUCCAAAUUUUAAUGCCUCCGUUCCCAAAACCAACACUAGAAUGUUUCAUUUGGUUGUUAGAGUGUUUAAGACCUUAAAUUGGAGUGUUGCAAGGGAAAUUAGGUUUAAAGGUUGGGUUCAAAGUCAUGGUUUUUCUCAUUCAAUCAAUUCCUUUAGAAUCAUCAUUCACACUUUUGCAUUUGCUGGUAUGCAUUUAGAAGUGUUUGCUUUGAUUAGAGAUGUUCUUGGAUUCUAUAAGGAGGAGAAUCGUGACGCUUUUGAAUUGGUUUCUACUUUGCUUGAUUCACGAUACCACGUGGAAAGGUCUGUUGUUGUGUUUGAUGUGCUUAUGAAAGUUUUUGCUUCAAAUUCUAUGCUUGAACAUGCCUAUUAUGUGUUUGUUAAUGCUAGGGAGGUUGGGAUUCAACCUCAUAUAAUGUCUUGCAAUUUCUUGUUGAAAUGUUUGGUAGAAGCAAAUAGAGUGAAUGGUGUUAGGUGUUUGUUUGAGGAUUUGAAAAACUUUGGUCCAACACCGAAUAUCCACACUUAUACAAUCAUGAUGAAUUUUUAUUGUAGAGAUGUUGGGUGCAAUGUUGAUAUUAGACGGGCUGCUGAGAUUUUAGGAAGGAUAUAUACGAGCGGGGAAACCCUGACUGUUGUUACGUAUAGUACUUAUAUUAAGGGACUUUGUAAGGUUGGUUCCGUUGAGGUUGCGUGGAAGUUAAUUUGUGACUUGCAUUGUAAUAACCAGCCUCUCAAUAACCAUUGUUUUAAUGCUGUCAUAUAUGGAUUUUGUAAAAGAGGCGCUGUAUAUGAUGCUUUGGAAGUUUUGCAAGAAAUGAAGAACUCUGGACAAUUGCCUGAUGUUUAUAGUUACACCAUUUUAAUUGAUGCAUUCUGCAAGGAUGGAGAUGAUCAGAAAGUUCGUGACUUGGUGGAGGAAAUGGAGCUCCGCGGAAUAAAACCAUCCAUUGUUAGCUAUACUUCCCUCAUCCGCGAUGGUAUACGCAAGAAUAUGCCAAUGAAAAGCUUGAUGAAUAUCAUCCGUGAAAUUAGUGUUUCGGGUUACAAAUAUGAUCAGACUAUUUAUGAAACUUUAAUUGACGGAUUUUGUAAGCAAGGUGAUAUGUAUUCAGCCGUCAAGCUUUUGGAGGAGAUGAGUAACAAUAAUUUUGCUCCUUCUGCUUUUUGUUAUUGCAGUCUAAUUAAGGGAUUCUACAAAUUGAGACGAUUUGCUGAUGCAUUGAAAGUUUUUAUUAUCAUGCAAAAAAAUGGUAUGUGGCCGGAUACUAUCGCUUGCAAUCAUAUACUUAGUAUUUACUGCAGGGAACGCGAAUUCGAUGAAGCCUUGGCAUUGUCAGAAGAAUUUCAAGAACAUGGAGUUAACCUCAACCCAUAUUCAUAUAAUGAAUUCAUCCAUAAGCUUUGCAGAGAAAGUUUUCCAGAGAAGGCACUGCAGCUUCUGCCAAGAAUGCUUAAAAGGAAUGUACUUCCUGAAGUUAUUAAUUAUAGUACUCUUAUAUCUGGCUUUGCCAAACAGUCAAAUGCUAAAAAGGCUGUGAUGUUAUUCACUAGAAUGACAAAAGUAGGAAUCACUUUCAACAUCAAAACAUAUACAAUUCUUAUUAACCUAUGUACCCAUUAUUGCAAAAUGCGUAUUGCAUACGACUUAUUUGAGGAAAUGAAAGAAAGGGGUUUAUAUCCAGAUCAGAUCGCGUAUACAACUCUAAUAGCUGCCUUCUGUAAUAAUAGAGAAAUGCAUAUGGCGCGGGCAUUAUUUGAUAAAAUGUCACAGGAAGGCUGUCCACCAAAUGCAAUUACUUAUACUUGUUUGAUUAAUGCAUACUGGAGGUUAAACAGGAGAAAUCAGGCUCAUAAGUUGUAUGACGAAAUGAGGGCAAAGGGUUUGUCCAAAUGAUGUAACUCAUAAGGUUCUGGGUCUGAAAGUUGGUGCAGUUCAUCGAGUUAGUAGCUCUAUCAAGGCUUCCAUUAUAUCCAGCUGGUCUAUUUUGAUAUGGUGAGAAGGUUUUGAACAGAGUUUGAUGACCUGUUUGCAGAAGAUUUGAUUUAUGCUGUAGAAAUUGGACUUGGAGCAUCUGGGGAGCUGAACCCUUCUUUUUCGGAAGGAUGGGGUGGAGGUAUCCUGGUAUUGAUGAGUUUCAGGUACCUCAGUGAUUGGUUGAUCCAGAAGGAUUGAAUUGACAGCAGAUCAUCAUUUUCAAAUUUAAAAUCAGAUUGUUGAGAGAGAAUGAAAAAAACUAUUGUUUGUUGAGUUGCGGUGGACAAUCAUCGACCCAUUGAUCAAUAGAAAAUUACAAAGCUGAAAGAUUUUGUUGGGGGCAAUUUGGUUCACUGAGCUGCAAGCCUGCAAACAGGUACAUGAAUUAGAAGAUUUGUGGAAAGCACAACUAGUUUUUCGAGUGAUGCUUAAGAACUUAGUAGAGGGUUCUUUUGAAUGUAAAUCAACUUCAAAGUGUUAUAUAUGCUCUGAGUUGUCUUGCCUCAAUUUGGUCUUCAGAGUCUCAUUAAGGGAGUUAUCUAAAAACUUCAUUUGCAUGGCUUUGUAAAGUCAGUUCAAUGUAUAUUUUUCUUUUUCGUCAAGCAUUUGAAUUUUCCUGAAUUAAGCAUCUACAAGCUUUUUGUAAGAACUAUUGCUUCAUAGAGGUUAAUUUCAAGGUGUAUAUGUAUGUUUUGAGGUGGUUAAAA